CCUAUUGCACACUGCACAUGCAGUCAUUCGUAAUAACACCGUUGAGCCUUUGGCCAUCCCAUAUCUUAUUACGCCAAUUAAUUUUCAGGUGCUAUGGGAGUCAUUUCGAAAUACUUGUCAUUAUGCCAACCAUAUCAGCCUAUUGGAUUUGCAUUCGGCAUUUAGAAAUGUUUACCUUAAUUUUUCAAGUGCACAGUUCCGGGUAGUCUGACAGACACACUUAGUCAGAAAGUUCAACAAAGGUAGAUCUCUCAGAGCUGCACUCUAGCUGCCACAGUUAGCACUUCAAACCUGGAUUACAAGGAAAAAGGAAGGCAGCCUCGGACUACAGCAUCUGUUCAAGCAGCCAGCAGAUUUCCCUGAAAAAGCAGUACAAUAACUAGGUAAUUACACUCUGUGGAUAUAUAUAUAUAUAUAUAUAUAUAUAUAUAUAUAUAUAUAUAUAUAUAUAUAUAUAUAUAUAUAUAUAUAUAUUGUUUAAUGGUUUGAUACAAUAGGUUUAAAGUUUUACCUUGUCCAACAGCAGUGUAUACUCUCAUUAUUUGGAACAUGGUUAUAUAUUUGUAGAGAUUCUCUUAAUUUGACAACACAAAGAUUCACUGUCAUAUAUGACUUCUAUGUGUUUUUCCCACAAUACACUACCAUGUCAACGUAUUUGUUGGUCAGAUCUCUUUCCAGACUCUGUUGCUCGGGAAUUUGUUAUUUCUACUUUGCCUACUUUACUGCUAUAGGGCAGCACUGUGAGGCACAGACCAUGGCAAAACAUUUACAUUUUAGUCAUUUAGCAGACGCUCUUAUCCAGAGCGACUUUCAGUUAGUGCAUACAUUAUUUAUUUUUCAUACUGGCCCCCUGUGGGAAACGAAACCCACAACCCUGGCGUUGCAAACGCCAAGCUCUACCAACUGAGCUACAUCUCUGCCGGCCAUUCCCUCCCCAGAAACCAUAUCCCCGUGUUAAUAAAUAAUGAUAUACACACAGGGAUAGGACAGGGGAGUUAAAUAUCUUACUGAAGACAGCCAUUCAAUCCAAAACAUGUGAUGUGUAUUAGAUAGAACAGCUUUAUUUGUGAAAGGAAGAAUGGAAUAGCAUCGAGGUAUGAUCUCAGAAGUUUUGUAUUUGCCCCUUCUUUAUACCAAAGGGGGUAUUGUUGCUAGUGGCACGUUUAUGUCUCGUUUCCAGUUCUCAUUUGAUGUAAUGGCAAGCUGAUUCUCACUAAUUGUUUUACUGAGAAUACAGUAGGAGGACCUUUCAGACCUCCAGGGGACUAAAGAAGAAGAGAGGGACAGACAGAAACCACCGCCCGGUUAACCACUAUAGAAGAAGAAGAUCAAGCCAAGGAUCCCUAUGUCACACUACAACAAUAGUGGAGGAUGUAACAACCUUGCCUAUCAUGACAGUGACACCCUGGAGAUAGAUAGGAGGUAUGUGUGACAACUUGUACGAUUGUGUUGUUGUGAUGUUUGUUAGAAUUCAGCUUUAACUGUGUACAGUUAGUCACACCUCUGCGCAGUGGGGAGAGGACCUGAAUGAAAUGUUGACGGACAGCACUUUAAAAAAAAGUUUGCAUUUAUUUUGCACAUAUAGGCUAAAUGAGAGGGAACAAAAAACACAAAUAUGAGAAGUAAAAACCUAAUUUUCCAGGAUUAGAAAAUAAUUCUGAGAGGGUCUUUUGUUCUGUAUAUUUAAAUGAAGACCAUCAUUGUACUUGUGCACAUGAUCUCUAAUCUCUCAAUUGGUGUCAGAUUUCUUAUAAUGCCAGUGCCGUCACAUACUGUAGCAGGAAGCUAUCUCUGAAAUAAAUACUGUCAAAGUGGUCCAUUCCUCCUCCAUUGUGUGUUAAAGGUUGUGUGACAGUACAAGGAGUUUGUUGUCAUUUGAAGUUAUUGUUGUGCUAAGUACUAGAGAUGGUCAUGAACCUUCAGUGGUGUGACCAAAGUAAUGGUAUUUCUUAUAAGAGACUCACUUUACAGCGCCUCAGAAAAAAACAUUAUUGUCUAUGACAGAUGUCAUAUCAUGUUUAUAAUAAUAUUGUAGCAUGAUCCUUAGCACCACAUCAGCAACCUUAUGAGUGUAAUGGUUAAGGUGUUGAACUGACUGAUGCGGGGUUUAAACAACAACACACCAGUAAUGUUAUCUCCUCUGUCCUCCUCGCCAAAGUCCUUCCAGGAAAUCCCAAUCCCAUCACAGUAACCCCCAUGGUAACCCCUACCCCAGGGAUGAUGGAGCCGUGGGGCAGAGGGGCAGGUCCGACCUCCAGCAGCUCCCAGGAGGGGGCCAGUCCAGCUACGAUGAAGCCCAGGGGAGAGUGCCCUGGGGCGGGUGGCAGGAGGGGAGCUGGAGGGGCAGAGACAGCAUUCCCAUGGGUCUCCUUCCUCCCCGGUCGGAGAGCCCACAAUGGCAGCAGCAUGACCUCAGUAAGUCGAUGUUUGAUUUAAUUGAUUAAUUAGACAAUAGAUACAAGUAAUAUACAGCACACACCAAUGUAAUGGCAGUACAAACGUUUUCUGAUGGGAGAUUGUAUUGUAAACAGAUCAGAGAAAUAUGAUCCCUUGUGCUAUAGUAUGGGUAGUCUCUCCUACAAGAUUUGGUUCUGGGUUCUGAGAUGAUAGUAUGGCCAUGAUUUUGUUUGAAAUGGCAGCCUGGUCUCAUAGACUAGACGUAACAUAGUAAAUAUAUAUCCAGGACACUGAAAUUAGUAUGAUAUGUUACGUUUGGUAUGUUUACAUAAGUCUAGUAUGAAGGAAGUUAGAGGUAGUUUCGCGAGCCAAUGCUAAGUAGCGUUAGCGCUUACGCUAGUUAGCAUUUGCGCUAACGCUACUUAGCAACUUCCUUCAAACUGCACAUAGACACAUAAAAACGGAAUCCACGAGUUCAUCCUACUCUGGGGAAGUAGAUAAAGGGCCUCAUUGCCAAACUCCCUAAGUAUCCCUUUAACCCUUUAACCUAACUCCUAACUUUAACCCUGACUUGAACCCUAACCUUAACCCCUAACCCCUAGCCUAGCCACCUAGCUAACGUUAGCCAUAUAAAAAUUGCUUUCUCCAAUUCGUAACAUAUUGUACGAAUUGCAAUUUUGACAUAUCAUACGAAUUGUCAUUCGUAACACAUCAUAUGAAUUGGAUGACCAUACAAAACCUAACAUAUCAUACUAAUUGGAGUGUACCGGAUUAACUUUACUAUGUUACGUCUACCCCUGAGUCCAGGUUGGGAAUGGAGUAGUAUUUCCUUGUGGCAGGUCUUCAGAUUCUGUGUUGCUAAGUGACUUUGAAUUUCUUCUAUUACUUCCUGCCUCCUGGUUGGUUAAUUAUGUGUGUUCUCAAUGUUGUUAUAAGUACCAUAUCCACCUCAUUUUCGAAUGCUUUUAAAACAUGGAAGCCAAACGCUCAAACUAUUGAUACAACAUCAGUGGAGGUUGCUGAGGGGAGGAUGGCUUAUAAUAAUGGCUGGAAUGGAGCACAGUUUUGUUCUCACUUGACAACAAUAAUAACAUUAUUCAUUACAUUGUGUUGUUGUAGCCUAGGUAGGAUACAUUUCUUGUCCCUAAGCAUAUUUUGGACACUUAUUUCGACAGCCUAUCGGAGGACAGGUGCACUUGCUUGCUGAAUGUAAAAUAGGCUACAGCAUUAAGAACGGGCGGGGAGUUUGAAAGGAGAAGCCCACAUUUUCAUAUAGUAGGCCUAUCUUAACACCGGGCUACAUCCUGACAAAAUACACCAUAUGAGUGGCCCGCUAAUGUACCUUUCUUGUCCUUCUGAACUGUCGAGAAUAGAUCCAAACGGAUCCAAAUGGUUGCAUAAUCAGGCCUAGGCUGUAGGCCUAUGCAGUUAUUUCGGAAUGAAACAAAACAGAAUGUUUGAGUGGUUAUUAGCCUACAUAAUAUGCCAUUUAGCAGACGCUUUUAUCUAAAGCGACUUACAGUCAUGCGUGCAUACAUUUUUGUGUAUGGGUGGUCCCGGGGAUCGAACCCACUACCCUGGCGUUACAAGCACCGUGCUCUACCAGCUGAGCUACAGAGGACCUACAUCACUGCAGUUUACAGCCUAUGGAUAAUAAUUGUGUACUCACUUGAUAACAAUAAUAAAUUCCUCGUUGCACUGUGUUGUUGUAGCCCAGGUACAAUAAUGUAUUGUCUAAAAACGUAGGCCUAUGCCUAAUCAACAGUGGAACUUUGCGUGCCCGGGGACCACAGAGCGCAGCCUGGAGGAGCGCACUACAGAUUUGCCAUUUCAUCAUCGUGUAACUUUUUUUUCUUGCACUUUGACAGGUAAAUAUUUAGCCUAUAGCUCUAAUAUUUACCUAAUGCAUGGCCUAACGUCGAGCUAAUAUUUAGCUUCUUACUUCAGCUACACAUCACUAGCCUCUGUCUUCCAGCUGUUCCCGUGCGCAACAGGCUAUAGGCUACGCAAGCCUCUCCGCAAUAGGCGAUUCCUCUUCUCGUGAAAUCCUAGGAAAGCUAUAGGCUACAAAAGCUAUAGGACAUUUAUUUUUUAUACUUCUUUUAUACUAAACCUAAUAGCCUAUUCUGGUAAAGAAGCAGGCUUGCUUUUACUAAUUGCUGAAUGUAAAACAGGUCUACAGCAUAGACAAUCAAUUUCGGGGAAAGUUGAGGAGAGAAAGUGCAUUGGUGUGAUUGAUCACUUUUGGCCGGUUAUGAUUAUAACAUUGUAGCACUGAUGCAUUGUAAAUAGUUACACAGGACAUAUCCUAGAUGAGCACAGUGAAAAAGAAGACAGAAGGAAUUGACAACCAUUAGAAAAAUGGAAAUCACUUGCAAACCACUUGAGCAACGAGGCAAUGAGAUGCUGUAAAAUAUGUGCAGGCUCGGCUUUUGUUGUUCAACUGCUACAUUUAAAUACGAGUUACUAUAUUAUUUUUCAUUAGGCCUACAUGUACAUUGAAGUAUUAUUUGCAGUUGUCACUAUGACAAUGAACACACCCUGAAAGCACUGAAUGGUCUGAACCAGUCUCUGUGCGUUAGAGUCCUCAUGAAUGGUCUUGUGAUACGCAGUGUGCAGUAAAAUGCGUUGAUCAGUUGAUUGACAGGUGCAGGACUGUAGAACAAUACACGAUAAACUUUCCUCUAGUGUGGAUGCUCACCAACGUUGUAUCGUUAUGUAGACUAUAGUUUAUCAUUAUAGUUAUCGUUAUAGUUAUUGGCUUUGUGGAGGCCCUUAUCUCUUACACAACACAAUUAACGUAAUUAUCACAACAGAACUACUAGUAGGUCUAGCUAACCUUUUGAGAACUUGAAUGAAAUACAUAUACAAUUACACUUACACUUGUUUACUUGACUUUUAUACUCUAUAAAUUGACUCCUUCAAAUAAUUGACUCUAGCAAAUGUGCCACCCGCGCGCUGCAGUAGGUAAAGAAAGCAGAAAUCGAAUCCAUCACUUCCGUUGUUUGGCUGUGCCCAUAGCAACGUUCGAAAAUGAGGUGGAUGGGAUUAAUUCAUCAAGUGUUCUGUUCUCUAUGAUCAGAUCACAGCGGGUACCAGAUCGACCAGGCAACGCAUUAUGACACAACCCCUCCUGCACGACUUCCAUCCGCAACUUCAGGUACUGUUCAAAACACGUAUAAAGCACAUACAGUAUAUUACUCUCUAUUUACUUCCUUACUUUACUUCUUCAGCUUUCAGUUGGUCCAUUUGAUCAUAAGAACCAUUGAAGUUGGUUGUUGCACUGCAGUAUGCCAUCAUUAAAGAGACACACAACUCAAAUAAAUAAAUAAAAUCAAGAUUGUUAAUCAUGACAGAUUUCGUGUAGCUAACUUUUGCAAUAUUGUUAUGAUGGUUUAUGACGAUCCAAUGUCUAAUAGAACAUUACCUAAAGGUAGACAGGCAGCACAAGGAAGUUGGCAGAUAAAUACCAUCCCGGGAAACUGGUAUUGUGCGAACGGUUUACAGGGUAAUAUUGAUUAGGGCAAAACGUAGCAAAACGUUAGCGUUUCUUAUUGGACAAGUCCAGGUAGUCCCUCCCUGUUUCAGUCUGUUUUCUUCCAUUUGUUGUCUAAUGAACAUAACCCAGGUAAUAUUGCCUCAUCACAAGGACUGAUGAUUAGGUGUUUGCUGAAAACUAACCAAGAAAUGUACAUAUGUAGUAUCUUAAUUUGAGACAGUUUUCUACAGCAGGAAAAUAAUCCUGCAGCAAUAGGAAAUGUGAAUUAUAAUGUGGAUUGUAAUUAACAUAUUUUUUUUAGGGUUUGAUACAUUUGUCUGAAAUAUCAAAAUGAAAAUUACAAACUUCAGAAGCCUUUUUAAACCUCAAAUGCACUACAAGUUUUACAGGAAAGUUCUCCUGAAACAAAGUGAUAAAAUUAAGAUCCGACAUCUCAAGAGUUUUUGCCUCUUUGGCCUUUUAUACUUUCUCAGUGAUUAAGCCUUAACAAAGACACACAAUAUGUCACAGGUGUAGCAGCAUUACUCGGUUAGCAUGAUGGUUAUAAUGGCUAACUCUAAUGGGACAGGUAAGGCUGGGGGGAAACAAUCACACUCUCUAAAGAAGUUAGUUUGUAUUAGAGUGUGUUAUCUACAGUGUGUUGAAGAACCCUUAUUGGUUCCAGGUUCUACAUGGAACCCAAAAGGGUUCUAACCGAAACCAAAAAUGGUUCUACCUGGAACCAAAAAGGGUUCUGCUAUGGGAACAACAUAAGAACCCUUUUGAAACCCUUUUUUAACCACCUCUAUUUGAUUUGGUUUAAUCAAAGUUCAGCAGCAGCAGCUAACACUUAUUUACACAGUGUAAAUAUUGACUCAUGGCACACCAAUACACUGUGACGGGGGUCUCCCCUUUUCAAGCCACCUAAAGCCACUUCCUUGUGCAAUCAAACACCAUGUCAGUGCGUGAACUAAUAAACCAUUAUAUAUUGUGAGCUGUAUGUGCAUGCCGUUCUUUGUAUGUUCACUUGUUUGCACUGGAAUUAUGGGAAUUAAUUGUGUUUGCCAAGUCAAUGGGUGGACAUGACCUGAAACAAAUAAAUGCAGUACUUCUAUUAGCUUAACAUAUUAUAUAUCCUCUGUAUUGUGUAGUGCUGAAAGUAAGCCUAAUGAUUGAUUCCUUUCUAUUUCUCAACACACAUUAUUAAGCUCAUAAUUCCUCAGUAGUAGCUAGGCUGUCAGCUGUGUUUAAUUUGAUGUCCUCGUGUCUCCCAGGUCAUGUUUCGAUGAGGUUCAGGGGGUCGAGGAGGAUGAGUCUCUUCCCUGUAGGAGAGGCAGCUCUGGGCAAUCUGGGCCUUUCUGAGGAUGACAUCAGGAAUGAGAUGGAAAAUGGUGAGGGAUGAAGGAGGAAGAGCCUAGAAACAUCCAUAGAAAUGGAAUUACUAGAAUUGUAUUCCUAUGGGCACAACCACUGUUGAGAAUGCCCGUCCAUUGUCCCUGUAGAAAUAUGACGUUUCUCCUUUCAAUCGGUUCAGGACAAUGUUAUCCAUUUAAGUCAUAUUCUGGAUACACUCACUGAUUGAAGUAUUUUACGUUUCCUACUAUAUAAUGACUUUAUAACUCAAUCAUAACCCUACAUCACUUCUUAUCAUUAAAUCACAAUGACAAACUCAUAUAUUAUAUUAUAUAAUAUUAUAUUAAUAUUAUUAUUAUUACAUUACAAUUCUGAUUUAAAGGCAUACUAUGAUUAAUAACCUCACAGAUCUGUCUUAUCAUGUCUUUGUCCAACAGAGGAACAGAACUUGGUCAAAGAGCUGGUUGCCAUGUCAACGAGGGACAGAAUCAAGGCCAUCCGAGACCUCCCUAUGAGCUUUGAUGACAAGAAACACAUCAGGUAUAGUUGUCAUGUCACCCUCAUAGGUCAAAAGGUUAUCUUACAGUUUUACUAUGGAAAGUUUAACUUAUUACUAGGGGUAGUAAAAUAAGUACUAUGUACAACGGUAGGUAGGUUAUCGAAUGUGCAGUUAUGUAGGCUUGCAAUGUGAGAUCACACACACACACACACACACACACACACACACACACACACACACACACACACACACACACACACACACACACACACACACACACACACACACACACACACACACACACACACACACACAUACACACACACACACACACACACACACACACACACACACACACCUUCUUGCAGUAUGUGGGUAAGGAAGAAGUGUUUACCAUAAGCGCAUUGCAUCGGCCAAGUCCAAAGUUUACAGCCACACAGCCACACAGCCAGCCAAGAGCACUGUGACACUUUUGACAGGUCAUAUAUUUUAUGAAGAGAUAACGCUGUGAUGCGCGUAUGUUAUUAUCAUACGCUACAUAACUCCAACAGACUGUAGUCUUUAUGUUUGUUUGAUCUCAUAUCUCCUAGGGGCCAAGUGUUGGCGUUCAAAUCGUUCAAAAAGUCCCGGCAACUGAAUUGCUUUGCAGACUGCUCGAAGACUGUCUCAUUGGUGAGAGGUUUGACUCUCUGACAUCUUUGUGUCUCUCUGUGUCCUCCUGUCCUGAUGCCCAACCUUACUUCCUGUGUGUCCUUGUACUGCACAAGCAGUGCCCUAUUAGACUAUUGGCAAAGUGCAACACUUCCUGUGGUUGGCUGAACUGAAGCUCUCCUAUUACUAAAUCAUUAUGCCUUUUAUGAGCAAUACAAUUUGCCAGGGUGACAAUCUGUCUCUGCAUUCAGCGACACUUGAAUUUAGGCAAAAGCAGAAACAGACUGCCACCAGGCAGGCUACAGAACAAUAUCUUUCUACUUACAUUGAACAUUAUUACUGUUCCAUCAUCCACCUCAUCUAUUGACAUUUUCACCUAUUCUAUGACAGCUAUGCGAUGAAAGCGCAUUUGUGACAUACAAGACCCCCACCACUGUUCUCAGAUCAGUCUUCCCCCUCAGUCUUUCCGCAGGUGCGGUGCUAACAUGACUCUAGCCAGGCAGACCCUGGAACUGUGGCGGGGUACCAUGAAGGAGGUCGGCGGUAAAUUUGGCACAGGGGUCCUCUCCUACUUCAAGUUCUUAAAAUGGCUGCUGAUGUUCAACAUCUUCUCCUUUCUGGUCAACUUUGGUUUCAUCACCAUCCCCCAGCUCAUCUAUGACACCAAGCCAGACAUCCCCAGUAGGGUCAGCUUCAAAGGGCUAGAGAUACUGACCGGAGCGGUAUGUUGUUGUUAUCGCUAUUGUUUACUAUUCACACUACUUCCAGUAGAUGCUUUUGAAUGAAUCAUUCCAUAGCAGCAUAAGCUACUAAUUUGAUCAAAAUGUUUUUUAUACUACACCCCAUACUGGAAAGCCAGCAUACAGUGAACAGUUACUGUGUGAUAAAAAAAUAUAUAUAUUUGUAUGUACCUAUAUUUUCCCCACAGGGUUAUUUCAGCGACACAGUGAUGUAUUAUGGUGGCUACAGUAAUGAAACACAAGGGACAGAGGGCUGGUCUGAGUACAACAUGCAGCUGGCCUACUUCUUCACCAUAGCAGCCUACAUGGUGUUGUGUGGAGCCGCCCUCAUCUACAGGUCAGUAUGGGAUGGGACUGCAAAGCAUAGUCCACAGUGAUCAGAUCAAAUCAAAUACUAAGGAAGUCUCGAGGUUUUGCUUGCCUGAGGUAGAGUAUCUUAUGAUAAGCUGUAGACCACACUAUUUACCAAGGGAGUUUUCAUCUAUAUUUUUCAUAGCUGUCUAUUUACCACCACAAACCAAUGCUGGCAUUAAGAUUGCACUCAAUGAGCUGUAUAAGGCCAUAAGUGAACAGGAAAACGCUCAUCCAGAGGCAGCGCUCCUAGUGGCCAGGGACUUUAAUGCAGGGAAACCUAAAUCCGUUCUACCUAAUUUCUACCAGCAUGUUAAAUGUGCAACCAGGGGAAAAACAACUCUAGACCACCUUUACUCCACACACAGAGACGCAUACAAACCUCUCCCUCGCCCUCCAUUUGGCAAAUCUGACCAUAACUCUAUCCUCCUGAUUCCUGCUUAUAAGCAAAAACUAAAGCAGAAGGCACCAGUGACUCGGUUAAUAAAAAAGUGGUCAGAUGACGCAGAUGCUAAGCUACAGGACUGUUUUGCUAGCACAGACUGGAACAUGUUCCAGGAUUCUUCAGAUAGCAUUGAGGAGUACACCACAUCAGUCACUGGCAUCAUCAAUAAGUGCAUCGAUGACGUCGUCCCCACAGUGACCGUACGUACAUACCCCAACCAGAAGCCAUGGAUUACAGGAAACAUCCGCACUGAGCUAAAGGGUAGAGCUGCCGCUUUCAAGGAGCGGGACUCUAACCCGGACGCUUAUAAGAAAUCCUGCUAUGCCCUCCGACGAACCAUCAAACAGGCAAAGAGUCAAUACAGGACUAAGAUUGAAUCGUACUACACCGGCUCUGACGCUCGUCGGAUGUGGCAGGGCUUGAAAACUACUACAGACUACAAAGGGAAGCACAGCCGCGAGCUGCACAGUGACACAAGCCUACCAGACGAGCUAAACCACUUCUAUGCUCACUUCGAGACAAACAACACAGAAGCAUGCAUGAGAGCACCAGCUGUUCCGAAUGACUAUGUGAUCACGCUCUCCGUAGCCGAUGUGAGUAAGACUUUUAAGCAGGUCAACAUUCACAAGGCCGCAGGGCCAGACGGAUUACCAGGACGUGUACUCCGAGCAUGUGCUGACCAACUGGCAAGUGUCUUCACUGACAUUUUCAACAUGUCCCUGACUGAGUUUGUAAUACCAACAUGUUUCAAGCAGAUCACCAUAGUCCCCAUGCCCAAGGACACUAAGAUCACCUGCCUAAAUGACUACCGACCCGUAGCACUGACGUCUGUAGCCAUGAAGUGCUUUGAAAGGCUGGUCAUGGCUCACAUCAACACCAUUAUCCCAGAAACCCUAGACCCACUCCAAUUUGCAUACCGCCCCAACAGAUCCACAGACGAUGCAAUCUCUAUUGCACUCCACACUGCCCUUUCCCACCUGGACAAGAGGAACACCUACGUGAGAAUGCUAUUCAUUGACUACAGCUCAGCGUUCAACACCAUAGUACCUUCAAAGCUCAUCACUAAGCUAAGGAUCCUGGGACUAAACACCUCCCUCUGCAACUGGAUCCUGGACUUCCUGACGGGCCGCCCCCAGGUGGUAAGGGUAGGUAACAACACAUCUGCCACGCUGAUCCUCAACACGGGGGCCCCUCAGGGGUGUGUGCUCAGUCCCCUCCUGUACUCCCUGUUCACCCAUGACUGCAUGGCCAGGCACGAUUCCAACACCAUCAUUAAGUUUGCCGACGACACAACAGUGGUAGGCCUGAUCACAGACAACGUUGAGACAGCCUAUAGGGUAUUCCCCCUCAGGAGACUGAAAAGAUUUGGCAUGGGUCCUCAGAUCCUCAAAAAGUUCUACAGCUGCACCAUCGAGAGCAUCCUGACUGGUUGCAUCACCGCCUGGUAUGGCAACUGCUCGACCUCCGACCGCAAGGCACUACAGAGGGUAGUGCGUACGGCCCAGUACAUCACUGGGGCCAAGCUUCCUGCCAUCCAGGACCUCUAUACCAGGCGGUGUCAGAGGAAGGCCCUCAAAAUUGUCAAAGACUCCAGCCACCCUAGUCAUAGACUGUUCUCUCUGCUACCGCACAGCAAGCGGUACCGGAGCGCCAAGUCUAGGUCCAAAAGACUUCUCAACAGCUUCUACCCCCAAGCCAUAAGACUCCUAAACAGCUAAUCAUGGCUACCCAGACUAUUUGCACCGCCCCCCCCACCCCCACCCCAUAUUUUUACGCUGCUGCUACUCUGUUAAUUAUUUAUGCAUAGUCACUUUAACUCUACCCACAUGUACAUAUUAUCUCAACUACCUCAACUAGCCGGUGCCCCCGCACAUUGACUCUGCACCGGUACCCCCCUGUAUAUAUAGCCUCCUUACUGUUAUUUUGAUUUACUUCUGCUCUUUUUUUCUCAACACUUUUUUGUUGUUGUUUUAUUUUACAUUUUUAUUAAAAAAAUUAAUGCAUUGUUGGUUAAGGGCUGUAAGUAAGCAUUUCACGGUAAUGUCUACAUCUGUUGUAUUCGGCGCAUGUGGCAAAUAACAUUUGAUUUGAUUUGAUAACAGUAACUUUUAAUUAUAUCUAUAUCAUACUUUUUUUAUUGACCACUAUUAACUCUACUUAGGAGUGUCAUUGAAUGUAAUGCAUCGUUUGGUUUCAAUGUGCUGCUUUUGUUUUCAUGCCCCAGUAAAUACUUUAUCAAAGCCAGUUGAGCUCACACAUGUAUGAUGUCAAUCAAAUCACCAAUGCUUGACAUUCACAUCAUACCCUCAUGAUAUUUAUUACCUUUCCUUCAUGUUGUAAUAGUUCAGUAAAGUGACCCUGCUUCUCUCUCUCUCUCUCUCUCUCUCUCUCUCUCUCUCUCUCUCUCUCUCUCUCUCUCUCUCUCUCUCUCUCUCUCACUCUCUCUUUCUCUCUCCGUCUCUCUCUCUCUCGCUCUGCAGCAUGGCCAGCUCGUUCAGGAAGAAGUAUGUCCUUGCAGACUCAGGCUUGGGUGGAGCCUGGCAGCUCCUGUGUAGCUGGGACUUCAGUGUGACCAACGAGAGAGCCGUACGACAGCGCAAGAACAAUCUGCGCAUCCAACUCAAGGUCACUUUCACUGUUUUUGAUAAACUAUUACUGUAGCUUUGUUGACCUCAUGGCCAUAUCAUUAAUGACGCUUUGUUGACCUCAUGGCCAUAUCAUUACUGUAGCUUUGUUGACCUCAUGGCCAUAUCAUUACUGUAGCUUUGUUGACCUCAUGGUCAUAUCAUUACUAUAGCUUUGUUGACCUCAUGGCCAUAUCAUUACUGUAGCUUUGUUGACCUCAUGGUCAUAUCAUUACUAUAGCUUUGUUGACCUCAUGGUCAUAUCAUUACUGUAGCUUUGUUGACCUCAUGGCCAUAACAUUACUGUAGCUUUGUUACAAGAAAGAUAAUAUAAUAUCGCUGAACAAAUCCCACAUUUUCGAGACUAGAUAAAUGUCCAAUACUUGUGACUCAGUACUUAUCUGCUCUUCCAUACAUAUAAUACUCUGCACUCUGACUUGUUAGGGGGACCAAAUAGGAACUCUCAGAUAACCAACUGUGAAAUAACUUUGAAAUAAUGUUUCCAUUCCCCUCCAGGAGUCCCUGUCAGAGAAGAUCCAGGUAGCCCUGCUGCCUCUGACAGAGAGGCUGAAGCACUACGGGGUCUUCCUGGGUACCUGGCUCCUCUCCACGGGCGUGACCUUAGGCUGUGGCGCCGGUGUCUACUUCCUGUGUCAAUAUGACAAAAGGGUGUGGUACAUUUUACAAAGUUUUAUAUAACCAGGAAGUCCCAUUGAGGUCAGAAGACCUCUUUCUCAAGGAAGACCUUACAUAAACAUUGUGACGUGAUGACUCCAGUUGCUUCCUUAUAAAGCUUGUGUUUGUUAAUGUAUGAUCCCGGGAUCAGCUGACCCAGCACUAACACACUUUAUCCAACUAAGUAUGACGAGGACCAUGUUGAAUCAGGUGUGUUAGUGCUGGGCUAGAACAAAUGCCUGCACACUGUGUAGCUCCGAGACCAGUGUCGAUGACCUUGGUAUAAGACAUACCCUUGUGUACAAUAAUUCAAAGUGUGUCAUAGCGUCUGAGUGUACCUGAACAUAUCUGACUCAUAUAGCGUCAAUACAAUACUACUUUCCUGGCAGGACAGGGUGUAGUCUUUAUAAAGGUGUUACUGGGACAUCAUUUCUACACCUCCACCUAAGACUUACCCCACACCAGUGUGUCGCCAGUGAUUUAUGUUAAUGUCAACUAGUGUUAUUGUGUUUCCAUCAGGAGUGUGACACUAAAAACUUGGGGCGAGCAGAAUCAACAACCUCUGCAUCAUCAAGACUGUUGCUUUGUGAGGUGUUAAAGUCCACAGUUAGCCGUUGUUAUGUAAAUGCCAGCCGAAAAGUACCCAGGGCCUUGCCUUGGCUCCAAGUCAGAGCAGGUCACCCGGAGCCAUGGCCCAGUGAGAUGGAAACAGAAAUGUCUGAGCCUUUUGGGUAAAACACCAGGGUAAAUCUCAAAUGGAAACUGGACACUGUAUCUUGCUAAAGCUGUGAUUGAUUAUGUCCUGACUUCAGCGUCUUAUCUUUGAUCCAGGUUGGUUGCUUCUAGGCACUGAUCUAGGAUCAGCUUACCCUCUCCAAAUCCUCUCUUUAACAUGAGGGAAACACAAAACUGACCUUAGAUCAGAACAAACUGACCUACUAUGGUAUCUUUGCAGCGGACGACGCCGUCAGCGGACAAAGCUUCCGGCUCUCUCCUGGAUGAGGCCGCUACUCUCCUCCUCCCCUUCGUGGUCUCCCUGAUCAAUCUGGUCAUCCCUCUCUGCUACUCUCUGUUCAAGAAGAUAGAACACUACUCCAACCCUCGCAUGCAGGUCUAUGCCAUGAUAGUCAGGUUAGAGAUGGAUACAAAACACAUUUAAAAAUACAAAUAUUGAAAGCGAUUGAUCAAAACAAUUUGCUCAAUGAUCAAUAUAAAGCAAUAGAUGAAUUAAAUAUUACAGUAAUGCAUAAAGAAUAAAUAUGCUUAAUAAAAUAUCAGGAAAAAACAGAAAUAUCAUAUACUGUACAAUGUUUUAGAAGACUGAUGUUUUGAAUGCUGUUUUGAAUGCCUUUUUCCUUUUUAGAAAUGUCAUUCUCAAGAUGUCCAUUCUGGGCAUUCUGUGCCACUACUGGAUGAAGGAUGUGGCCAAUACAUUUUCAGUACUGGAAAGUUAUUUUAAACCAAAUCACAUACAUGCUUUCCAAAAUGUUUUUGAUUGUCACUAAUAUCUACUGUAUGUUCAUUCACCUCUGUCAUUACAAUCUUUUGUCUUAGUGCUGGGAGUCCAGAGUAGGACAAGCCUUGUACAGACUGGUUAUUAUGGACUUCCUCUUCAUAAUGUUAGGAUCCUUCUUUGGAGAGUUCUUGAGCAAGUGAGUGGCAUUUUCAAAACACAUUUUCCCAUAACGGUUUCACUUAAAGCUAAAAAUCCUACAGUAUGCAGUACAAUUCUAUAUUGUAACUCAUCUGUCUGUUGUGAGGGAAAGUUGAAUUAAAUGAGGCAUCACAUAAGGGUUAUUUGAAAAAUGUUCUUCUGUAACUCCUUUGUUCUUUUCUCCACCAGUGUCAUUGGGACUAAAUGCAUACAGAGCCUGGGAGUUCCAGAGUUUGACGUUGCCAGGAAUGUCCUUGACCUGAUCUAUGCACAGACCCUGGCAUGGUACUGACGUUAUCUCAUUACACUGUACUGUACUCUACUCUACUGUACUGUACUGUAUUCUACUGUACCCUACUGUACUGUACUCUAAUGUACUGUACUCUACUGUAAUCUACUCUACUCUACUCUACUCUACUAUACUCCACUGUACUGUACUGUACUGGACUCUACUGUAAUCUACUGUACUGUGCUCUAAUGUAUUCUACUGUACUGUACUGGACUCUACUGUACUCUACUGCACUGUACUGUCCUCUAAUGUACUCUACUGUACUCUACUGUACUGUACUGUACUGGACUCUACUGUACUCUACUGUACUCUACUCUACUGUACUCUACUGUACUGUACUGUACUCUAAUGUACUCUACUCUACUCUACUGUACUCUACUGUACUGUACUGGACUCUACAGUACUGUACACUACUGUACUCUAAUGUACUCUACUGUACUGAACUGUGCUCUACUCUACUGUACUCGACUCUAAUCCUCUGUACAUCUAUAGCUCCAUCUAUUUUCAUAGUAAAACAUAACACAGUACUGUAAAAGUGGAUGAGCUAUGGUCAAUUCUUAUAACCAUGUUUUUCUGUCUGCAGGAUCGGAAUCUACUUCUCUCCUCUCCUCCCAGUGAUACAGAUAAUCAAGUUCUUCAUCCUCUUCUACCUAAAGAAGGUAACCUGUUCAGUAUGGUUCUUCAUCCUCUUCUACCUAAAGAAGGUAACCUGUUCAGUAUGGUUCUUCAUCUACCUAAAGAAGGUAACCUGUUCAGUAUGGUUCUUCAUCCUCUUCUACCUAAAGAAGGUAACCUGUUCAGUAUGGUUAUUCUACCUAAAGAAGGUUACCUGUUCAGUAUGGUUCUUCAUCCUCUUCUACCUAAAGAAGGUAACCUGUUCAGUAUGGUUCUUCAUCUACCUAAAGAAGGUAACCUAUUCAGUAUGGUUCUUCAUCCUCUUCUACCUAAAGAAGGUAACCUGUUCAGUAUGGUUAUUCUACCUAAAGAAGGUAACCUGUUCAGUAUGGUACUUCAUUCUCUUCUACCUAAAGAAGGUAACCUGCUCAGUAUGGUUAUUCUACCUAAAGAAGGUAACCUGUUCAGUAUGGUUCUUCUACCUAAAGAAGGUAACCUGUUCAGUAUGGUUAUUCUACCUAAAGAAGUUAACCUGUUCAGUAUGGUUAUUCUACCUAAAGAAGGUAACCUGUUCAGUAUGGUUCUUCAUCUACCUAAAGAAGUUAACCUGUUCAGUAUGGUUCUUCAUCCUCUUCUACCUAAAGAAGGUAACCUGUUCAGUAUGGUUCUUCAUCUACCUAAAGAAGGUAACCUGUUCAGUAUGGUUAUUCUACCUAAAGAAGGUAACCUGUUCAGUAUGGUUCUUCAUCUACCUAAAGAAGGUAACCUGUUCAGUAUGGUUCUUCAUCUACCUAAAGAAGGUAACCUGUUCAGUAUGGUUCUUCAUCUACCUAAAGAAGGUAACCUGUUCAGUAUGGUUCUUCAUCUACCUAAAGAAGGUAACCUGUUCAGUAUGGUCUUUAUCUACCUAAAGAAGGUAACCUGUUCACUAUGGUAGAUAAUAUAGGCCCCUUAGCAGACACUUCUUAUCCAAAGCAGUGAGUACAUAUUCAGUACAGUGAAUAGUAUUUUAUAGUACAGAGAGUGAAUACAUUUUUUGUAUGUGAUCCCUGUUGCGAUUUGAACCCACACCUGAGCCACACAGGACCAUGGCUGACUCGAGUGACAGUAAGCUGAACCUUUGUGUUGAUUCACUGCCCUAGAUCCCAUGCCAUAGCAGAAUGGGCCAGGCUCAUGUUACUCUCUUCUGAAGAGGGUGCUGAAUGUUUCAUGGAUGACAUAGAAUUAGCUCUAUUUAUAGAUGGUAGCGAUGGUCACUAUGAUUUUCCAAUACAAUGAUGAAACAUACAGUGGGGAAAAAAAAGUAUUUAGUCAGCCACCAAUUGUGCAAGUUCUCCCACUUAAAAAGAUGAGAGAGGCCUGUAAUUUUCAUCAUAGGUACACGUCAACUAUGACAGACAAAUUGAGAAUUUUUUUCUCCAGAAAAUCACAUUGUAGGAUUUUUAAUGAAUUUAUUUGCAAAUUAUGGUGGAAAAUAAGUAUUUGGUCACCUACAAACAAGCAAGAUUUCUGGCUCUCACAGACCUGUAACUUCUUCUUUAAGAGGCUCCUCUGUCCUCCACUCGUUACCUGUAUUAAUGGCACCUGUUAGAACUUGUUAUCAGUAUAAAAGACACCUGUCCACAACCUCAAACAGUCACACUCCAAACUCCACUAUGGCCAAGACCAAAGAGCUGUCAAAGGACACCAGAAACAAAAUUGUAGACCUGCACCAGGCUGGGAAGACUGAAUCUGCAAUAGGUAAGCAGCUUGGUUUGAAGAAAUCAACUGUGGGAGCAAUUAUUUGCAAAUAAAUUCAUAAAAAAUCCUACAAUGUGAUUUUCUGGAUUUUUGUUUCUCAUUUUGUCUGUCAUAGUUGACGUGUACCUAUGAUGAAAAUUACAGGCCUCUCUCAUCUUUUUAAGUGGGAGAACUUCCACAAUUGGUGGCUGACUAAAUACUUUUUUCCCCCACUGUAUAUGAGUGUCCUGGAAAUUAAAAUAUACGUUUUCCCUGUGGUACAGUGAGGGAAAAAAGUAUUUGAUCCCCUGCUGAUUUUGUACGUUUGCCCACUGACAAAGAAAUGAUCAGUCUAUAAUUUUAAUGGUAUGUUCAUUUGAACAGUGAGAGACAGAAUAACAACAAAAUAAUCCAGAAAAACGCAUGUCAAAAAUAUUAUAAAUUGAUUAGCAUUUUAAUGAGGGAAAUAAGUAUUUCACCCCUCUGCAAAACAUGACUUUGUACUUGGUGGCAAAACCCUUGUUGGCAAUCACAGAGGUCAGACGUUUCUUGUAGUUGGCCACCAGGUUUGCACACAUCUCAGGAGGGAUUUUGUCCCACUCCUCUUUGCAGAUCUUCUCCAUGUCAUUAAGGUUUCGAGGCUGACGUUUGGCAACUCGAACCUUCAGCUCCCUCCACAGAUUUUCUAUGGGAUUAAGGUCUGGAGACUGGGUAGGCCACUCCAGGACCUUAAUGUGCUUCUUCUUGAGCCACUCCUUUGUUGCCUUGGCCGUGUGUUUUGGGUCAUUGUCAUGCUGGAAUACCCAUCCACGACCCAUUUUCAAUGCCCUGGCUGAGGGAAGGAGGUUCUCAACAUUAGGCCCCGUCCAUCGUCCCUUUGAUGCGGUGAAGUUGUCCUGUCCCCUUAGCAGAAAAACACCCCCAAAGCAUAAUGUUUCCACCUCCAUGUUUGACGGUGGGGAUGGUGUUCUUGGGGUCAUAGGCACCAUUCCUCCUCCUCCAAACACGGCGAGUUGAGUUGAUGCCAAAGAGCUCGAUUUUGGUCUCAUCUGACCACAACACUUUCACCCAGUUCUCCUCUGAAUCAUUCAGAUGUUCAUUGGCAAACUUCAGACGGGCAUGUAUAUGUGCUUUCUUGAGCAGGGGGACCUUGCGGGCGCUGCAGGAUUUCAGUCCUUCACGGCGUAGUGUGUUACCAAUUGUUUUCUUGGUGACUAUGGUCCCAGCUGCCUUGAAAUCAUUGACAAGAUCCUCCCGUGUAGUUCUGGGCUGAUUCCUCACCGUUCUCAUGAUCAUUGCAACUCCACAAGGUGAGAUCUUGCAUGGAGCCCCAGGCCGAGGGAGAUUGACAGUUCUUUGUGUUUCUUCCAUUUGCAAAUAAUCACACCAACUGUUGUCACCUUCUCACCAAGCUGCUUGGCGAUGGUCUUGAAGCCCAUUCCAGCCUUGUGUAGGUCUACAAUCUUGUCCCUGACAUCCUUGGAGAGCUCUUUGGUCUUGGCCAUGGUGGAGAGUUUGGAAUCUGAUUGAUUGAUUGCUUCUGUGGACAGGUGUCUUUUAUACAGGUAACAAACUGAGAUUAGGAGCACUCCCUUUAAGAGUGUGCUCCUAAUCUCAGCUCGUUACCUGUAUAAAAGACACCUGGGAGCCAGAAAUCUUUCUGAUUGAGAGGGGUUCAAAUACUUAUUUCCCUCAUUAAAAUGCAAAUCAAUUUAUAACAUUUUUGACAUGCGUUUUUCUGUAUUUUUUUGUUGUUAUUCUGUCUCUCACUGUUCAAAUAAACCUACUAUUAAAAUUAUAGACUGAUCAUGUCUUUGUCAGUGGGCAAACAUACAAAAUCAGCAGGGGAUCAAAUACUUUUUUCCCUCACUGUAUAUACAGGGAAAUCAUUACAUGUUCAAAACUAUAAGUGGAAGGUGUCUGCAAUUGAGGAUUCAGUUGAUCAAAUACAAGAACAUGAUAGCUCCCUGACAAAUCAAUAAUUACUUUAUUCCUGGUUAAGGUGCAGGUUAAUCAUUACUCUCUGUUGUCCCUUGUUGUCAAAGGUCUUUGUUUAUUCACCCGUUCAUCCAAUUGUGCCGUUGCCAAGACACCAUCAACAGGCUCUUCUCUCUCUAUCUCACUCUCCAGCUCUGUAAUGCCCUGUCUAUACUUUGUGUCCUCCAGGUGAGCCUGACCCAGAACUGCCAGCCCCCCAGGCGAGCCGGUAGAGCGGCACAGAUGCAGACUAUCUUCAUCGCUAUCCUCUUCUUCCCUUCCUUUGUGGGGGCUCUGUCCAUGGUGGCUUACACCGUGUGGACGUACGUAUAGAAGGGGUCAGGUCAAGGCUAAUCUAGGCACUCAGAAUCAAAUCAGUUAUGUUAAGGCUGUCAUAGAUGAAGGCAAGGCCAAACAAACACCUGGAGCUAUAUGGAGUAGUUCAGUUUCCACCUAGUUCUAGAUAGAUAUGCCUUGUUCAGAAGAACUGCAGUCUGUCAUUAAUUGAUAACCAAGAGCUAAACUUGAUUCAGUUUGGUUGAAUUUUAGGGGCUAAGAUAGUCAGUUGAAUCGUGUUGUUUAAUUAGUAAGAAAGAUGAAAAUGUGUUGAAAGUUGGUUGAUUGAAAGUUGGUUGACUUUGGCUCCUUUCCUCUGACCCAACCAUUUCAACUUGCUAUGUCUCCCCUGAUCCCGCCCCCAGUCUGCCCCCCUCAAAAGAUUGUGGGCCCUUCAGGGGCCUCAAUACCACCUUCAGUGCUGUACAGAUCUGGAUGGACGGGCUAGAGGGGGUGGCUGCGUCUCAGUGGACUGUCUGGAUCUACCAGCACGUCAUCAGGAGUGAGAUAUUCUACUUCCUGGUCUCUCUCAUCACCCUGUGAGUUCAACUUUGCCCCUCAUGUUGUGGUGGUUAUGUUGAGUUAAAGUUGUGUUUAUGACAGUAACAAGUCGUUUUAAAGCACAGUCUUACGGUAAGUGACAGUUGUCUUGAAAACGUGAUAUAUGGCAUAUACAGUACCAGUCCAAAGUUUGGACACACCUGCUCAUUCAAGGGUUUUUCUUUAUUUUGACUAUUUUCUACAUUGUAGAAUAACAGUGAAGAUAUCAAAACUAUAGAAUAACUCUCGGGGCUCCCGAGUGGCGCAGCGGUCUAAGGCACUGCAUCUCACUGCUAGAGUUGACCCUGGUUCAAUUCCAGGCUGUAUCACAAUCCGGCAGUGAUUGGGAGUCCCAUAGGGCAGCGCAAAAUUGGCCCAGCAUCGUCCGGGUUUGGCCGGGGUAGGCCGUCAUUGUCAAUAAGAAUUUGUUCUUAACAGACUUGCCUGGUUAAAUAAAAAAUUAAUGUAGUAACCAAAAAAGUGUCUUCAAAGUAGCCACCCUUUGCCUUGAUGACAGCUGUGCACACUCUUGGCAUUCUCUCAACCAGCUUUUCCUUCACUCUGCGGUCCAACUCAUCCCAAACCAUCUCAAUUGGCUUGAAGUCGGGUGAUUGUGGAGGCCAGGUCAUCUGAUGCAGCACUCCAUCACUCUCCUUCUUGGUCAAAUAGCCCUUACGCAGCCUGGAGGUGUGUUUUGGGUCAUUGUCCUGUUGAAAAACAAAUGAUAGUCCCACUAAGCACAACCCAGAUGGGAUGGUGUAUCGCUGCAGAAUGCUGUGGUAGCCAUGCUGGUUAAGUGUGCCUUGAAUUCUAAAUAAAUCACAGACAGUGUCUCCAGGAAAGCACCCCCACACCAUCACACCUCCUCCUCCAUGCUUCACGGUGGGAACCACACAUGCGGAGAUCAUCCGUUCACCUACUCUGAGUCUCACAAAGACACAGUGAUUGGAACCAAAAUCUCAAAUUUGGACUCAUCAGACCAAAGGACAGAUUUCCACCGGUCUAAUGUCCAUUGCUCAUGUUGCUUGGCCCAAGCAAGUCUCUUCUUCUUAUUGGUGUCCUUUAGUAGUGGUUUCUUUGCAGCAAUUUGACCAUGAAGGCCUGAUUCACGCAGUCUCCUUUGAACAGUUGAUGUUGAGAUGUGUCUGUUACUUAAACUCUGUGAAGCAUUUAUUUGGGCUGCAAUCUGAGGCUGGUAACUCUAAUGAACUUAUCCUCUGCAGCAGAGGUAACUCUGGGUCUUCCUUUCCUGUGGCGGUCCUCAUGAUAGCCAGUUUCAUCAUAGCGCUUGAUGGUUUUUGCGACUGCACUUGAAGAAACUUUCAAAGUUCUUGAACUUUUCCGUAUUGACUGACCUUCAUGUCUUAAAGUAAUGAUGGACUGUCAUUUCUCUUUGCUUAUUUGAGCUGUUCUUGCCAUAAUAUGGACUUGGUCUUUUACCAAAUAGGGCUAUCUUCUGUAUACCACCCCUACCUUGUCCUAACACAACUGAUUGGCUCAAACGCAUUAAGAUGGAAAGAAAUUCCACAAAUUAACUUUUAACAAGGCACACCUGUUAAUUGAAAUGCAUUCCAGGUGACUACCUCAUCAAGCUGGUUGAAAGGCUACUUUGAAGAAUCUCAAAUAUAACAUAUAUUUUCAUUUGUUUAACACUUUUUUGGUUAAUACAUGAUUCCGUAUGUGUUAUUUCAUAGUUUUGAUGUCUUCACUAUUAUUCUACACUGUAGAAAAUACAUUCUGUAGAAAACUGUAGAAAACACUUUUUACUUCUGCUCUUUUUUUCUCAACACUUUUUUGUUGUUGUUUUAUUCUUACUUUUUUGUUUAAAAUAAAUGCACUGUUGGUUAAGGGCUGUAAGUAAGCAUUUCACUGUAAUGUCUGCACCUGUUGUAUUCGGCGCAUGUGACCAAUAAAAUUUGAUUUGAUUUGAUUUGAAUAGUACAAAUAAAGAAAAACCCUUGCAUCGGUAGGUGUGUCCAAACUUUUGACUGGUACUGUAAGUCAUGAACUUAACUUGAAAUUAUUGGUCAUUUGAGCUGUUUGUCAAAAGCUUGACUAUAAAAGCUAGACUUGUACAAUUUGCUAGUCACCUUAUCCAGAGCGACUUACAGGAGCAAUUAGGGUUAAGUGCCUUGCUCAACGGCAUAUCGACAGAUUUUUCACCUAGUCAGCUCGGGGAUUCAAAUCAGUGACCUUUUGGUUGCUGGCCCAACGCUCUUAACCGCUAGGCUACCAGCCUUGAAGCAGUAUACUGAAGUCCUAUCAAGCAAUAAAAUCAGCUUUAAUAACACUUUCUACCGGAUCAAGCCUUCAAAUACAAUCUAGUGGCACUUUAUGACAUCAAGUGGCAACUUUGCCCUUUCACAUGCUGUAAUAUGAAGUCACUGACUGACCUCCUUUCCACAGUGUCUUCAUUUACGUCUUCAGGCAGAUCACUCAGGGUCGCAAGCUGCUUAUCAUUCUGCUGAGACAGCAGAUUGUUAAUGUGAGUUAUAGUGAGUCUGUCUGGUCUGAAGUGUGUCACGCUCAUCAGAGCUGUUGUGUCUGAAGUGGUUGUGUGAUGUUGUUGAAGUGUAAGAAAUCAUUUAGAACUGCUUGUCUUUGUUUUUGCUGGUGUAAUGUAUAUUUCUUUUGAAUGUAUAGUGUUGAUGUUGUUCAUUUGUUGUUUUUAUGAAUUGUGUUGACUGUCUAGAACGUUCUCGCUCUCGCUCUCGCUCUCGCUCUCUGUCUGUCUGUCUGUCUAUCGCUCUCUCUCUCUCUCUCUCGCUCACUCCCUUUAUUAGGAAGGGAAGGACAAGGCAUUCUUGUUGGAGAAGCUACAGAACCUUCAGAAAUCCAAGCAGAACAAACCGAAAAAGAAAAAACAGGUGAGAGGAUCAAAGAGCAAUGACCUUGAGACUAUCUAACUUAACUUUGAAACUAUCUAACUUAACCUUGAGACUAUGUAAUUUAACCUUGAGACUAUCUAACUUAACUUUGAGACUGUCUAACUUAACCUUGAGACUAUCUAACUUACAAUAAAUACCUAAAUACCUUAUUUAAAAUGUCAUACUUUAACUAUGACCCUUUCUCUCUAUCAGGUCAGGAAAAGACAGGAAAAUGAAUCCUCCACUGGCAUGCUCCAGGCUCUGCUCGCCCGACAGCGGUUGGAGCAAGAGGACGUCGACAGCAGCAGCUCUUUCGGUGUGCCCAUGCCUUCCGACCACUCCGUCUCCACCACAUCCAGUGCUAUGAUACAGGCCAUGCUAGCCAGAAAACACGCAGAGGACCAGGAUGUAGCCAGUUAUCGCGGGGUGCCAUUUCCUGCAGACCCAGCACCUGCGUCCUCCAGUGCACUGAUACAGGCCAUGCAAGCCAGACAACACGCAGAGGACCAGGAUGUAGCCAGUUAUCGCGGGGUGCCAUUUCCUACAGACCCAGCACCUGCGUCCUCCAGUGCACUGAUACAGGCCAUGCAAGCCAGGCAAAUGGCAGAGUCACAGAAUGAGGACGAGUUUUACCGGGCGCCAGUUCAGUCACAGAACCCAGUAAACGCAUUACCCAGUACGAUGAUACAGGUGAUGCAAGCCAGGCAGAGGGCGGAGUCACAGCAGGGAGAGGACGAGUUUUACCGGGCGCCAGUUCAUUCAGAACACCCAGUGUCAUCAACGUCCAGUGCGAUGAUGCAGGUCAUGCAAGCCAGGCAGAGAGCAGAGGAGGAGGAGAGCGAGUUUUACCGGGCGCCUGCUUCUUCACAGCACCCAGAUGCGUCAGGAUCUGGUAGUGCUCUGAUACAGGCCAUGCUAGCCCGACAACAGGUAGAGGAGGAGUAUGGUGACAGAUACUGA